UACAGCUGUCAAUGUAAUUAACAAUGAUUAUUUAGCUUCUAAUUAUUGUUUUCUUCGUAACUAAAGGGUUUUCGAAGGCGAGUUGCGUAGAGGAAACCCUGAAAUCAGCACCUCGCAAAUUGAAGCAAAGUUCGAGAGUGACUUUGCCUGCUGGUUUCAACAAUAUGUGCAAGAUCCAACUGUCUGUACCAAUCCCUUCAUUUUUAGUCUCGCUAAAGGACCUUUUAGAUCAGUCAGAACAUUUAAGGGGUACCGUGUAAACGGGUUCAAGUUUCAGACUCAAGCUUAUGGGGAGGAACAACUUACAAUGAAUAGUGGAGUCUGCGUAAGGGGAACUCAAUAUGUCGAUAGCGAAAAUGACUUUUAUGGAUUUCUGACAGACAUAAUUGAGUUAGAGUAUCCAGCGCUUCCAAUGAAAACGACUGUCUUAUUUAAAUGCGAAUGGUUCGACCCAGCGCAAAAUUUAGGCACAAUUAGUAACAAAAAAUACAACAUGGUGGAUAUUAAUAACAGAAGGAGAUACAACAAGUAUGAACCGUUCAUCUUAGCUGAACAGGCCGACCAAGUUCAUUACCUGCCAUAUCCGAGUAAAAGAAGGGAUAAAAUAAAUUGGUGGGCAGUUUGCAGGAUAAAGGCGCGAUCAGAGCUUGACAUGCCCGAGGGGAUUAUCCCGGCCUUUCAAGAUGACAUAGAAGAAAAUCCUCUCAUUGUUGCAACAGAAGACAAUCCGACAUAUUUGGCUGAUCAAACUGGAGAAGCUGAGGAAGAUGCGUUGUUCAUGCCUCCUGAACAAGAAACAGAAGAUGAGUUCAUCGCAUCCUCAUCAGACGAAGAUGAAAGCGAAGAACUUUAGUAGUAUGAGGGGUCGCGGUCGAGGAUCAGGCACAGGCCGAGGAUCAGCCUCAGGCCGAGGACGCGGACGGGGAUCAGACCCUGUUCCUGGCGAUGACAACGUUGCUGAGGAGCAGCAGCAGUUAGAGGCUGGAGCACCUGUUCAGCCUCGGCAGCAGCGUGAGCCUGGCGAGCCCCCGGCUGUUCUGGACGACCGGGGUAGGGCGAGGGUUCACCCGGACCCUAGCAGGACGAUGUUGAUCGACUCUGGGCUUGUUUCACGGGCUAUGCGGGAGAUUUUUAGGAAGUGCUGGUUCGAUAAUGGAACAGCAUGGCGCUUUCUAACAGCCGAGCAGAGGGAGUUCUACUUCCAGGAGUUCCAGAAAGAGUUCUGGUGGGAUAGUGCGGCGUACAGCGAGGAGGUCAUUAGACAGGUCUUCAUGGUCCAUGCAGCCAACCGCUACAAAGACAACAUCCACAGAAUGAGGAGGACACAACAGAAGCAUAUUUCUGUGACCCAGGACAUCUGGGAUGCUUGGAACGCAUUCUGGAACUCGGAGAAAGAGAAGAAAAGGUCAGAAACCGCCCGAGCAAAUCGUAUGAGCGAGCCAGCGGGCGCCGGUUCUGGACCUGUCCGCCAUACUGGUGGAUCUCGCUCUGCUCUGAAGCAUAUGGAUGUGAUGGAAAUGGAGCUUGGCCGGAAACCGAGUGCGACGGAGUUGUACACUCGCCUUCACUCCACGAAGGCUGACAAGAAGCCGGUCGACAAACGGGCUCAAGAUAUGACUGACUUCCCUGAAAAAUGGGUGAUGGUCAUAUUACAGAGGAAAUGCUGUCGAAAUUUCGACGCCAUCACUGAGAGGCUUGCUGCUGCGACACAGCCUCAGACCGGAGAGGGUAGCUCCUCGAGCCCAGCUGCAGUGGACGAGACCCAAGUGUUUCUAGACAUCGAGGGCAUCAACAAGAAGAAACGCGUGUACGGGUUGGGUUCUGCGAGCAGCAGGUACGCCGGGCCAAGCAGCAGGGUGCAGCGAGGCAGCUUUUCUAGGACGUCGCAGCAGGCAGACGAGGAGGUCGAGCGCCGUGUGCAGGCCGGCAUUCAGGAGGGUCUGCGACUGGCUCGGGAACAGCAGGCUGCGAACAUGGCCCAGAUGAUACGCGAGGAGAUUGCCAGGAUGAUUCCUAACCUUCCGGCAGAGUAUCGGCCACAGCGCCCACCUACCCCACCAGACGAUGACGACACACCAGCUUUGUAG